GCUGCGGCGGCGACGGCGGCGGCGGCGGCGGCGGCGGCGAGCGCGGCGCGGACGGAGGCGGUUGCUGCGCCGGGUACUGGGGCUGCUGCUUGAGGCGCAGGCGCCGUGGGUUCCGCCCGGCCGUGGCCGCUGCUCACUCGGGGCUCGUCAUGGCGACCCGGCAGAGGCCUUUCCAGCUGGUGGUGUUCGGCGCUUCUGGCUUCACCGGCCAGUUCGUGGCGGAGGAGGUGGCCCGGGAGCAGGCGGACCCGCAGCGGAACUCCCCGCUGCCCUGGGCCGUGGCGGGCCGUUCCCGGGAGAAGCUGCAGCGGGUGCUGGAGACCGCGGCGCAGAAGCUGGGAAGACCAACACUGGUAUCUGAAGUUGGAAUAAUAAUCUGUGAUACCACUAAUCCAGCCUCCCUUGAUGAAAUGGCUAAACAGACAUCCAUUGUCCUGAAUUGUGUAGGACCAUAUCGGUUAUAUGGAGAACCCGUAGUAAAGGCGUGUAUUGAGAAUGGAACCAGCUGUAUCGACAUCUGUGGAGAACCUCAGUUUCUGGAACUAAUGCAUUGGAAGUAUCAUCAGAAAGCUGCAGAAAACGGGGCUUAUAUUAUUGGAAGUUGUGGCUUUGACUCCAUUCCAGCAGAUCUGGGAGUAUUAUAUACCAAAAAUAAAAUGAAUGGCACUUUAACUGGUGUUGAAAGUUUCCUGUCUAUACAAUCGGGACCUGAGGGGUUGGCUGUCCACGAUGGCACCUGGAAGUCAGCAGUGUAUGGUUUUGGAGAUAAGCAUACUUUGAAAAAACUACGAAAGGAGGCAAAUCUGAAACCUCUCCCAAUUGUUGGCCCAAAGUUAAAAAGAAGGUGGCCUAUUGGUUACUGCCGUGCACUCAGCAGCUUCUCCAUCCCGUUCAUGGGGGCAGAUGUGUCUGUUGUCAAGCGGACUCAGCGUUACUUAUAUGAGAAUUUGCAGUGUUCACCUGUUCAGUAUGCUGCUUACGUGGCCGUGGGCGGCAUCGCCUCUGUCGUGAAGCUGAUGUUUGCAGGGCUGUUCUUUUUAAUCUUUGUGAGGUUUGGACUUGGAAGGCAACUUCUCAUCAAAUUCCCAUGGUUCUUCUCCUUUGGCUAUUUUUCGAAAGAAGGUCCAACUCAGAAACAGAUUGAGUCCUCCUCAUUUACAAUGACAUUCUUUGGUGAAGGAUACAAUGAACAGUCUUGUGAGGAUAAGAACAAAUUAAGUGUCAAAAUUUGUACUCAGGUGAAAGGACCAGAGGCUGGCUAUGUUGCUACCCCCAUAGCCAUGGUCCAGGCAGCCGUGACUCUCUUAAAUGAUACGGCUAAUCUUCCUAAAGGAGGCGGAGUCUUCACCCCUGGAGCAGCAUUCUGUCGCACGAAGUUGAUUGACAGACUCAACCGGCAUGGCAUUGAGUUCAGUGUCAUCAGCAGCUCAGAAGUCUAAAGACUCGAAGGAUCAGCCAAGUCAUCAAAUACCUGAAUUACCAGCUUUUUAAUUUGUUAUGUGAAAUUCUCCUAUAAGCCUGUUAACUAUAUGUGGAAAAGAUGUCAAGUCUAACAUAUGUAUAAAUUAAAAACAGGGAAUUGAACUGGGUUGCCCUAAGUUUCAAAUCUUAGCUGAUUUUUGUGAUUUCAUUGCCUGUAAGACAGAACUGAUGCUUGACUGACUUUUUCAUUGAAGACUCUGUACUCAAUUUUAUAAGUGAAAUAGCAGACCACAGGGUGGAUCAGGGUCUGUUUGUGUUGCUAACAGAUUCCUUGUUGAGGUGCCCGAGUUGGGAUUCAUGGGGGACAGUGACUACUGCCUUCCAUGACAUAGUAGGGAAUGGGAUCUUACUUCCUGAUGAGUCUAUGUAAUGUGUGGGCUUUUGCAAAAUGAAACUGCACAUUUUUGCUAUUUUAAACUAGUUUUUCAUCUAUUUACACGGACUGAUUUUGGACUGUUUACCUAAGCUGAAUAAUAAAGGAUUAUCAAUUAAA